GGCACAUCGCAAUUUGACAGGAACUUCCAUACUAAGUGAAUCGAGUUACAAAAAUUAAUAUUUUCUGUUGAAAGUUUUUCAAAAUAACAUCUAUUUCGUUAAGGGACGAUGCCAUCGCUGGACGUAGCAAACAAUGGAGCGGAUUCGCCGCCACAGGGUAACGAACAAUCAAAGCCAAUGUCUGGUCUUAUAAUUGGUAUUAUUUAUCCACCACCGGAGGUGAGGAACAUUGUCGAUAAGACGGCUAGUUUUGUAGCGCGCAAUGGUCCCGAAUUUGAAGCACGUAUACGGCAGAAUGAGUUAGGAAACGCAAAAUUUAAUUUUUUAAGUGGAGGUGAUCCAUAUCACGCAUACUAUAGGCAUAAAGUGAAUGAAUUUCGGGAAGGAAAAGAUGCAUCUGGCGAACCAAGUGUCGUUGUUGGCAUCAAGCAGUUAUCUGUUACUAGUGCUGCUCAGCAGAAGCAGCAAGAACUUUUAAAACAAGUGGCAGAGCAGCAAUUCGUGCCAAAAGACCCUCCUUCUGAUUUUGAGUUUAUUGCUGAUCCGCCGUCUAUUUCUGCAUUAGAUUUAGACAUUGUUAAACUAACAGCCCAGUUUGUAGCACGUAAUGGUCGUCAAUUUCUGACAAACCUGAUGAAUCGUGAACAGCGUAAUUUUCAGUUCGACUUUUUACGACCCCAACACUCAUUGUUCCAGUAUUUCACAAAAUUAUUGGAGCAGUACACAAAAAUAUUGAUUCCACCUAAAGACCUUCUGAAUAAACUGCGCUCCGAAUGCGCGGAUGGUCGGACCAGUAUUAACUUAGUUUUGGAUCAGGUAAAAUACCGCGCAAACUGGCAGAAACAUCAGGAAGCUCAACGUCGACGAGAAGAAGAGAAAGUUGAAAAGGAAAGGGUGGCUUAUGCACAAAUCGAUUGGCAUGACUUUGUGGUUGUGGAAACUGUAGACUAUCAACCUUUCGAGACUGGUAACUUUCCACCACCUACUACACCGGAGGAAGUGGGAGCUCGUGUACUAAUGGAGGAGCGUUUGUUAGAAGAAGAUGGUGAUAUAGAAAUGCAGAUUGAAUCAGAUGAAGAGGAUGGUCAAGAGGAACAAGUUACCGUUAAAUUGUCGCAAAUGGAAAAUCGUACCGGUAUACAAAUGAAAGGUGCCUCGUAUAAUCAGCAAUCAACAAAUGCCAAAAAGGACAAUACACAAGUUCAAGAUAUGGAUGAGGCUUCCAGUGAUGAAGAUACACCUUCAAACCUGAAGAUGCAGCCACCUGUUGCACCACUAAUGCCCCCAACACAUGAUAAGGUAGUUGUUAAAAAAUACGAUCCGAAAGCAACUCAACAGAAGCAGCCGAAAGCAGCGGGUGCCGAUGAGUAUCUUAUUUCCCCAAUAACAGGAGAAAAAAUACCAGCUUCGAAAGUAGCAGAACACAUGCGCAUUGGAUUAUUGGAUCCUCGUUGGGUGGAACAACGUGAUAAGCAUACAGUUGAGAAAAUCAAUCAAGACACAGUUUACGCUGCUGGUACUGCUAUUGAAGCUAGUUUAAAACAAUUAGCGGAGCGCCGUACAGAUAUAUUUGGCGUAGGCGAUGAAGAGACAGUUAUUGGUAAAAAGUUAGGCGAAGAGGAAACAAAAAAAGAUGAUCGUGUCACUUGGGAUGGGCAUACAUCAAGUGUAGAGGCAGCAACACGAGCUGCCCGAGCCAACAUAACAUUGGAAGACCAGAUUCAUCAAAUUCAUAAGGUAAAAGGAUUAUUACCAGAUGAAGAAAAAGAAAAAAUUGGACCGAAACCAGUUAGCAACAAAACUACAUUAUCAGCACCACCUUUGCCUCACCAGGCAGCGUUGAAAGGACAUGCUCAAGUUUCUCAUCACUCCGUCUCUCACCAUCAUCAUCAACCACCGCAGCAAUCACAACAACAAACACUUCCUCAGCCAUCUGCGCACAAUAUGCCACCUACUUCUCAACCAGUCAUGAUGAUGCCAAUGAGGCCACCACCACCGAUGUUGCCGCCACCAUUUCCUGUUGGUGGUUACAUGCCUCCUUUGCAAACGGGUGGACCACCACAAAUGCCAUCAGGAUCAAAUGUAAUGGACCAAUCAAUGAUGCAACUUCCGCCAAUGCCUGUAGAUGAGGAACCACCAAACAAAAAAAUGCGUUCCGAAGAUAAUCUGAUACCCGAAGAAGAGUUUAUAGCAAAACACAAGAGUCCCAUAACUAUUCAAAUACAAAUUCCCAAUGUAAUUGACAAGUCUGAAUGGAAACUCAAUGGGCAAACGAUCGCAUUUUCAUUAUCUCUCACAGACAUUGUUUCCAAUCUCAAAGCAAAGAUUCAAGAUGAAACAGGAAUGCCACCUGCUAAACAAAAAAUUUCCUAUGAGGGAAUGUUUUUUAAGGACAGCAACACCAUGGCAUAUUAUAAUUUGCUUAGCGGUGCAACAAUACAUCUACAAAUUAAAGAACGUGGUGGAAGAAAAAAAUAAGAAAUUUCCAUUUUCCUAUCUACAUAUAUGUGAGAAAUCUGUAAAACAAUGUUUCACGACACACAAAAAAUAAUCAAAUUUUAUUUAGAAAGUUAAUUUAUUAUUUAGACCCAUGAGCUUAAAGUAGUUUAGUUUUGUUUUAAUCCUUUCAGGCACAACUUAUGCUUUUUUAAAUUUCGGGUUACAGCAACUGAGUGGUUUGUGCGUGACGUCUAUUUGGCCAAUCCCGGUUCCACACAUGAAACAUAAAAUUAUAGAAAGUUUUCUCUUGUAACAAAUACAUAUAACCUUAUAGAAUUA